AUGGAUGCGUUGACUGAACAACAAACAGAGGCCUACUUGGCACGUCUCGGCGUGCCCAGCAAAGAUUCUCACAGCGCCGACAUGGAUUCGCUCCGGACUCUCAUUGAGGCGCACCUGCAACACGUUACCUUCGAGAACAUCGACGUUAUGCUGGGCCGACCGAUAGCGCUGGAUGUCAACUCGCUGUUCGCCAAGAUAGUGGAGCGCGGCCGCGGUGGCUACUGCUUCGAGCUCAACUCCUUGUUCGCUCGCCUUCUACAAGCGCUGGGCUACCGGCUACGUCUGCGUAUGGCACGCGUUCGUUGGGGUCUCCUUCGAGAAGCACCGAUAACGCUUCAGCAGCACAUGGUGAUUAUAGUGGACAUCCCCGAGGGCGAGCACCUCGUCGACGUCGGUUUCGGUGUCGCCAACCCGUACCUUCCGCUGCCCCUCAACGAAACAAAAGAGAGCCCGGACCACCCUUACUGGCUGCGACAGCUUGGUGCUGAAUCCGACUGUGAACCUGGUACGCUUGAGCUUUGUAUCCGAGGCCGCGAUGAGUGGAUACCGAUGUACCGCAUCGAACCGCGAGAUCACAGCUGGCGGGACUGUGCUCCUCUGAACUGGUACACUUGCACAAAUCCCGAUUCCGUAAUGCGCCGUGUGCUCGCGGUGGCGCGCACUGAUGGAGAAGCGUGGCUCAGCUUGUUCAACGGUCGGUACAGGCGCCGUCUGCGUGUGGGUGGAAGUCACGCCAUGGAGAAUAGGAAUAUCAAGAACGUGGACGAGUUGCUGUCCCUGUUCCAGACUGAGUUCUGCCUUCGCCUCAGUCCUGAUGAUUUGGGGCGGCUGCGUAAUCGUUUGCCAACGAUUCUCUUCGAGGAACCUCACUUUUGA